ACACAGUCCCUUGAUGCGUCGGGAUGGGCUGGCUGCAACCUGAGACCAGCCUAAAAAUAACCCCCCGUCCGCCUGGCAGAGAAAUGACCUUCUGGGACUUUGUGCUGCUUGGUGGGCAGGCACCUGGAGCAGCGUCCGUGCCCCCUGGCAGGUACCCGGGAGCCGGGGGUCGCACACUGGCGGGGUAACCAUCGAACAAAAGGGACGGCUGCCGCGGGUCUUGGAGGGGCUCUGCGGGGCUGUUGGGACGGCAGCCUCCUAGGCGAGAGACCGGCGACCCACGGCCGUGGGAGAGUGAGCGAGGUCUCGGGCCCCUCGGCGCCAUGCAAAAACCACCGGGUCAAAGCAGCCUCGGUCGGGCCACCGGAGAUCCCGCAGGGGCAGGCCGGGGCUCCGGGAGGGCGCCGCCAAGCCCCACCAUCCCUCCGAAGAGAGCAAAAGUCACGGCUGAGGAGGGAGGCCCUGCAGCCCCCGUUUUCCUGCAGGAGCUGAAGGACACGGCCGCCGCUCUCGGCUGCGACCUCGUGCUGAGGGUGGUGGUCGCCGGCCGGCCCCAGCCACACCUGACCUGGUACAAAGAGAAGGCACCUUUUGCUCCCCCCCGAGAGGGGGGCGCGGAGGAGGAGUAUGGCAGCCUCCGCAUCCGCAACAGCAAAGCGGCUGAUGCUGGGCUCUACAGCUGCGUGGCCAAGAACGAGCACGGCGAAGCCGCCAGCAGUGCCACCGUGACCAUCACAGGCUUGGAAGACUCGGAGACGGGAGAAGAUGAUGCCAGCAGCACACAGGUGACCCAACGCAGCCAACUCCAGGAUGAGACAACCUAUAGCUCCCCUACAGGGGAGUCGGACACGCUGGUGGAUGCCUCCAUGAAGACAACGCCAACCUCGGUGCCAGGCCUGUCCCAGACAGAUGAGCACUCCAGUUGGUCAGGGAGCCAAGCCACGGUGUUGGAAAAGGAUCCAGAGGCUGGCCCCACCGUGAGGGGACCCUACCUGCACCCCAGCAUUCCAAGCAGCCUCCCUCAUGGUGGGUACCGGAGGGAUGAGGCCAACAGCAGCAGCAAAACCAGCACAGAUACCCUCUACCCACCUGCACAGAAGCCACCUCUUCAGCGCCCAGUGUCCCCCCGAGCAGGGCUGUGCCCAGUCCAGCCACUUGGGGCCAGCCGGGGCCCCACCCCACCUGUGGCUCCCCGCAGAAAGUUGCUGAUGCCCCCUGACUCCCAAGACACAGCACUGGAGGAAUUCGAUGAGAAGCUGAAGCGCCCCAAGUCAUCAGGCUACUCUCAGGCAGGCACAGGGGAGUCACGGCCCCAGACACCACUGAGUGAGGCCUCCAGCCGUGUGUCUGUCCUCCGCCCCUCGCCCAAGCUGCCCCGGUCAGGCUCCAAGAUCUUUGACAAGUUCAAAUUCUUUGAGGAGCGGCGAAAAAGCCUGGAACAGAAUGAAAACCCUUUUGCAGGCCACACGUGGCUGCCCCUGCGCAAGACACGCUCCUUUGAUCAGCCUGGUUUGGAUGAUGCCAGCCCCUUCUUCUCAGCUGGCUCUCAGGAUGACCUGCAAGCGGACAGCCGCUCAGAACUGGGAGGAGUGGCCUUCCGGCGCCAGGCUUUCCACCAGAAGGCAGCUUCCUUGGAUGAGCGUGGCCGCUUCUCUAGUCGUGUGCAUGACCUGGAGCACAAAUUCACUGAGGAACUCGGCCGUAUCAAGCGCACGGUGUCUCAGCAGCAGCUGCGGCGAUCUCAAGAAUUGUUCCGGUCACCAUCCCCUCAUGCCUUGGCAGAGCUGCCUGCCCCCAGAGUACCCCCACCAAGGAAGCUCAAACCCCUUAAAGCUUUACCACUGACCGAGAAUGCACAUGGUGUUCAACAGCUAGUGUUGUCCAGCGUGGGACUUGUGGGGUCCAGGAAUGAGCCCAAGGGGACCCAGAAGCUUCUCUCAAGGAACGGAGCUACAGCUGAACUGGACCGAGGUCCAAAGGAAGUGGAAAUGAAUGGACAGGAGUUGCGGCGGAAGGUGGAGCAUUGCCUGCUGUCUCAUGCUGCCCCAUUGGGACGGAGGGACUUGCUGCAGGGUGGGCCUCUUGAAAGUAAUGACUGCGUGGAUGGAGGCUCCAUGAACCUAGCAAAAGCAAGCCAUGAGCCUAAGGAUCCAAAUGGAACCUCACGUGCCUGGAAACGGGAGUCUGGCCAGGAUGGACAUUCCCUGCCCUGGGGCAAAGGAGAAUCAGGUCCAGAAAGAAGCAGGCCAGUGGGGACACAGGGUGCAAACAGAGAGUUGGAGAGAAAGACUGGGAAAGUGAUGGAGAAGAAGGACAAUGCAUUGCAGCUUCAGGAAGGGAAGAGUGCACGGAACAGAGGCAAGGGCCGACGGACCAGACACACGUCACCUGAACCAGAAUCCUCCGAUGAUUCCUACAUCUCAGCAGGCGAGGAUCCGCUGGAGGCACCCAUCUUUGAGAUCCCUAUCCAGGAUGUAACAAUCACAGCUGGAACUGAGGUGCUAUUCAAAUGUAUCAUCACGGGCAACCCUUCCCCAGAAGUGUCAUGGCGCAAGGAUGGCAUCCCCUUUCGGAGCAGUACCGCUCGCCCUAUCAAAGCAGAGGGGGAGCGCCACACCCUGCUGGUCAGGAGUGCCCGUGUGGCUGAUGGCGGCCUCUACACAGUUUGUGCUACCAAUGAGGUCGGUGAGGCGUGCUGUAGCGCCAUCUUGACUGUGCGGCCAGCUCCUCCGGAGAGCCACAGCCGUCUGGUGCCCCGCCAUGAGCUCAGCAGCCCAGUCACAUCAGAUGAAGAGUACCUGAGUCCUCUGGAGGAGUUCCCUGAGUCCAGCACUCCUCGGCACCACCCUGUCAUGAGAGUGCAGCCCCGGUCUGAGCUUGGCCAAGCCCCGGCACAUGUGGGCACCAGCUUCAAGGCUGCACCGUCUUUUGAGGUGGCACUGGGUGACCAGGCGGUACAGGAGGGACAGGACGUGGUCCUGCGCAUUCGGGUGCAGGGAGAGCCCAAGCCUAUUGUGCACUGGCUGAAGAAUAGGCACCCGGUAAAGUAUGGGAGGCGCAUCUCUGCGGUGGAGGAGGAGGAUGGAUCCUUUUGCCUAUACCUCCGCAUGGUGGAGUGCACGGAUGCUGGCUAUUACGCCUGCAAGGCCAUCAAUGAGUAUGGCACCAAGCAGUGCGAGGCCAAGCUCGAUAUACAAGUGCACCCUGAAACCCAGUCCCUGGCCGUGCUGGCUCCCCUGCAGGACGUGGUGGUGGGGGCUGGGGAUGCAGCUAUCUUCGAGUGCCUGGUGUCCAGCCCACCUGAUGUGGAUGUGGACUGGCUUUGGCGGGGGCGCCUGCUCCAGCCUGCCCUGCUCCAGUGCAAGAUGCAUUUCGAUGGGCGCAAGUGCAAGCUGCUGCUUACCUCUGUGCAUGAGGAUGAUAGUGGCAUCUACACAUGCAAGCUAAGCACGGUCAAAGAUGAACUGACAUGCAGUGCCAAGCUGACGGUAUGGCCUUCACGCCAGCCACUCUUCACCCGCAAACUGGAGGCUGUGGCAGUGGUGGAGGGACGGACAGCGCGGUUUGACUGCAAGAUCAGUGGAGAACCCCCACCAACCAUCACCUGGACACGCUUUGGCCAGCCUGUACAAGAGGGGGAAACAGCACGCCUGCUGCGGGAUGGAGGGUUGCACUCUCUGGUCAUGCUGCACGUUAGCUCCAAGGACGAGGGUCAGUAUGGGGUGACUGCCAUCAACAAGCAUGGCCGAGCAGAGUGCACCGCCGAGCUGUAUGUGGAGGAGCCGCGUCCAGCAGCCAGCUCCCAGAUUUCCAAGCUGGAGAAGAUGCCAUCGAUCCCUGAGGAGCCCGAACAAGGGGAGACCGAAGUAGAAUGCUUCACCAUGCCUGACUUCUUGCGGCCGCUGCAUGACCUGGACGUGGUAGAAUCCAAGGAGGCUGUGCUGGAGUGCCAAGUGGCUGGGCUGCCCUACCCCACCAUCACCUGGUUCCACAACGGCAGGCGUAUUGAGAGCACUGAUGACCGCAGGAUGAUGCAGUACAAGGAUGUGCAUCGCUUGGUCUUCAUCUCUGUCAGCCACGCUCAUGCCGGAGUCUACAAAAGUGUCAUCGCCAACAAAGUGGGCAAGGCCACAUGCUAUGCGCACCUCUAUGUCACAGAUGUGGUGCCCACCCCCCCUGAUGGGCCACCCACCAUCGCUGCUGUCACAGGCCGAGCUGUCACGCUGAAAUGGAACAAGCCCAAGUGGCUGGAUUCAGCUAUUGACCCUGCCACCAUGACCUAUACCCUUCAGCAGCAGGUGCUGGGUAGCAGCCACUGGACCGUGUGUGCCACAGGUGUGCGUCAGACCAGCUACACCAUUCUGUCUCUAAAGAAGGGCAUCCGGUACAUGUUCCGUGUACUCACAGCCACAGCCAAGGCCAACAGCAAGCCCUCUCCUCCUACGGAGCCUGUGCAGCUCCUUGACCGUGGUCCUUACCUGGAAGAGGCCCCUGUCAUCUUGGACAAACUGGAUGUGGUGUAUGCAGUGGAGGGACAGCCAGCCUGCAUCACGGUGACCCUCAACCACGUGGAGGUUGCUGUCACCUGGAGGAGGGCUGGUGUGGUGCUGAAGGAUGGUGACCCCCGCUGGGAGAUGAGCAUGCCUGAUGAUGACCAACACUCCUUGCGAUUCCUUCGGGUGGGCAAGGGGGAUGUGGGGGAAAUGACCUGCGAGGUGAGCAACCAGCAUGGAUAUGACCACUGCUUCAUCAGCUUGGAGCUGGCAGAGGCACCCCGCUUUGAAUCGAUCAUGGAAGACAUUGAAGUCGGGAUAGGUGAGACACCGCAGUUUGCUGUGGUGGUGGAGGCCAAACCCCUUCCAGACAUCAUGUGGUACAAGGAUGAAGUGCUCCUGACGGAAAGCAACCACCUGAGCUUUGUGUACGAGGAGAGCGAAUGCUCGCUCGUUGUGCUGAACACCACAGAGCAGGACAGCGGGGUCUACACGUGUACAGCACGCAACCUGGCUGGAGAGGUGUCUUGUAAGGCGGAGCUGGUUGUUCGUGCAGCUGUGCCUGAUGCCGACGCUGCCCGAGCAGAGGAAGAAUCACACACAGCCCGCCGCCUGGCCGAAUAUUAUGAUAUCCAUGAGGAGCUUGGCCGGGGGGCCUUCUCUUAUGUGCGACGAGUGACCCAGAAAAGCUCAGGUUUGGCCUUUGCUGCCAAGUUCAUCCCAUGCCGUGCCAAAGCCAAGAAAUCAGCCCGUCGUGAGCUCGGCAUCCUGGCGCAGCUGGACCAUGAACACAUUGUCUACUUCCAUGAUGCCUUUGAAAAGAGGAAUGCCCUCAUCAUUGUCAUGGAGCUCUGCACUGGAGAUGAACUGCUGGAGCGCAUAGCAAGGAAAUCCUCCGUGAGCGAAUCUGAGAUCCGCUCCUACAUGCGGCAGGUCCUGGAGGGAAUCAGAUACCUUCACCAUCAGGGCAUCUUGCAUCUUGACAUUAAGCCUGAAAACUUGUUGCUGGCUGAACCAGGCAGUGAUCAGGUGAGGAUCUGCGACUUUGGCAACGCCCAGGAGCUGACUCCAGAUGAGCCACAGUACUGCAAGUACGGCACACCCGAAUUUGUAGGCCCUGAGAUCGUCAGCCAGAGCCCUGUCUCCGGCGUCACUGAUGUCUGGCCAGUAGGAGUCAUCACAUAUCUAAGUCUCACAGGGAUCUCCCCAUUUGUGGGUGAGAACGACAAGACAACACUCAUGAACAUCCGCAACUACAACGUGGCAUUUGAGGAGAGCAUGUUCACAGGACUGACAAGGGAGGCCAAAGGCUUUGUUAUCAAAGUGCUAGUCAAUGAUCGCCUGAGACCCAGUUCAGAGCAGACUCUGGAGCAUCCCUGGUUCAAGACACUGGCCAAGGGCAAGAGCAUCAGCACAGAUCAUCUCAAGCUCUUCAUAUCUCGUAGGAAGUGGCAGCGCUCCCAAAUCAGGUACAAGUGCAACAUGGUGCCCCGGCCUAUCCCUGAGCUUCUGGAGGACACGUCCAGCCACUUGUCCAUUGCUGUGCCACGCCUCCUCAAGGAGACAUCAGUACUCUCGUCAUCUUCGGAUUCUGAUGACCCAGAAGAGUUGCCCUACAUUCCCAUGCCCCAUCAGCCUGAAUUUUCUGGUUCCCGCAUGUCUCUCACGGAGAUCCCAACGGAUGAUGAGCCUCCGGGGUCAGACGGGGCUCCAAGAAAUGAGGAGGGUGCAUCUAUGGAGUGGCAGGAUGAAGGACAGGGGGCUGCAGUGGAUCCAAAGAGAAAGGAAGAAGGAGAGCCCUCUGUUAGGAGGCAGAAGGGUAUGUUGCCUCGGAAACGCUCCACAGAGGCUGAAAAGCCCGGCUCUUCUGAUGAGGAGGCCCCUGGGGCCCAGAAAAGGCCAGAAAAAAAGAAGGCCCUGAAGAAAGGGUCCAGUCUGGACUCCCCAGAUGCAACUGAAAGGGCCUUACGCAAGGGGGGGCUGCGUCGUGGCAGUUCUGCAGAUAGCGCCCUCUUGCUCAACCUUCCCACUGAUGAGCCCCAGUCUCGCAAAAGCCUGACCAAGGCAGCUUCCAUGGAGUUGCCCCGUCGCAGCCCCAGCCCUGGCACCUUGUACCACAGGAAGGGUGGCCUGCCUGAGGAGGAGUAUGCCCAGCGUCUGGAGCUCAUGCGCCAGCGCCUGCUGCAUGGAAGCCCGGUAGAUGGCAAGCUGAGUGGCUUGAGGGGGCCCCUGCUGGAGACCUUGGGCCUCGAGAAGAAGGCCCUGAGACCUCCCAGGCUGGAGAAGCAGCUGUCCCCUGGGCAUAAAAUGGUACGUGCUGCCUCCAGUGAGACAGCUCCUCAGCAUCUGCCCCCCGAAGGGCGCCUCCUGCAAAAGAGCAGCUCCUUCAGCCAGGGUGAUGGGGAGCCUGUUACGCUGCACCGCCGCUCUGGAGCACCCCUAGAAAUCCCCUUGGCGCAGGCCGAGGCCCAGAGGCUAAAAGAGACACCCUCUCUCUCAGCUCUAAAUGACUCCAGGCCCCACACACCGCAUGAGCCUCCCUCCAAGCCGCCCACGCCUGAGCUGGAGGCAGGCGCAAAACCCACUGCCAGGCCUAGCAUGAGGCGAGCAGCCACCAGGGGACCUGAGGAAAAGCCACCCUCCAGACUGGCUAGGCCAGAUACUCCAGCGGCUGCAAAAACCACAGGCUCCUCACGGGCGUCAACAUCGCCUGUGCCAAUUUUGCCCACGUCUAGCAGCUCGGCAGCCAAGCGCUCGGCCUACGCUGAGGUCAUGCAGUCCUUGGCUGGCGAGUCUACCCCAGUCCCACACAAGGAGGCAGUGGAAGCUUCCGAGGUUGCCCCAGAGGGGGUAUCGCAAAUUCUGCCAGCAGAGAUCCAAUCCCACACGACUGUCCCUGCCAAGAUGGCAGCCCAGCUGCCUGGCAAAGAACCCUCCACCCCGGUUCACUCCUCCAGCACUGAGCACAUUGUGGACAUUGAUUCUGAAGAGGUGUUUGAGGCCAAGUUCAAGAGAGGCAGGGAAGGCUCCCUCAGCAAGGGCCGCAAGCUGCUCUCCCGGUCUGAGGAGCGGCGGCUGGCUGGGCCCCUGGUGCGGGAAGAGGGCAUCUAUCGGCCGGGCCCAGCAGGGGCUCCACUCGAGCUGUCCAAGUCUGUGGUCUCGCGGCACCUGGGCGAGCGCUCUCGUUCAGUGCAAGACCUGCACGAGGUGGAGAAAGAAGGGGGGUUCAUUCGCAGGAUGUCGAUGCGACUCCGCCGCACACCCCCCACUGAGAGGAGAAAGGUUAAGGAAGACGAAGCAGGGGGAGCAGCCCAGGACCGACGGCUAUCCUGGGGCCUGGCUUCCAAGGACAAAAAGGACACGGACAGCCAGCAGUCAGAGCCUGGCUCCAGUGAAUCACCCGUCAUGGCUGUACGCAGGAAGAUCGGCUCCACGAUGGGACGCCUCUCCACACACUUGCGCAGCCAUUCCCAGCAGCACACUGAUGAAGAGCACGCCAUCACUGCUGGGGACCACGCCAGGCAGCCUGAGAAGAGAGCCCCUUUCCUCUCCCAACUGCGCCGUGCAACAUCUGAGGGGGAAAACCUGCGCCAGGUGGGCAUCCCACAGAACCAGCUGGCAGCCCAGUCCGCUAAUGUUCCCUCCACAGAGUCCUUCCAGUCUGACUCAUCCACAGGCAAUGUUUCUGGGGAUGGCCACCGGCGCAUUUCUCGCUGGGAACGCUGGAGCUUGUCCCGAUCCAAGAAAGACAGGGUUGCAUCGCAGCCCAACAUUCCUGCCAGCCUGAGAGGGGAUGGUGUCAUUGUGAGUCAGCCCUAUGUGCUCAGUGAAUCAGACUUCCCUCCAGUUUUCCACAUAAAACUGAAGGACCAGGUACUGCUGGAGGGAGAGGCAAUGCAACUUUGCUGCCUUCCAGCAGCCAGCCCUGCCCCUCGUAUACUGUGGAUGAAAGAUAAGCAUACCGUGGUAUCAGAGGGAGUUCUCAACAUUGUGGCAUGUAAGGAUGGUCGUCAGCUACUUACCAUCUCCAAAGUCUCCAAGAAGGAUGCGGGCUUAUACGAAUGCAACGCUACAAAUGUUCUGGGCACCGCCACUAGUUCCUGCACCCUUGCUGUGGCACGGCUUCCUGGGAGACCAGGCACCCCAGAAAUCCCCCAGAAAUACAGAAACACAGUUCUGGUGCUAUGGAGGCCAGCGGAUACUCAGGCACCCUGCACAUACCUGCUGGAGCGCAAGAUGGAUGGAGAACAUGAAUGGAAAAUGGUUGGCUCAGGCAUUGCUGACUGCUAUUUCAACGCCACAGACCUUCCAGCUGGGAGCACCAUAAAGUUCCGUGUUGCUUGUGUCAACAAGGCUGGACAAGGCCCCUACAGCAACCCCUCAGGGAAGGUGUUCAUUGAGGGUGCAGAACUUAAGGCUGCCCACUCAGCUGUCACUGCCAAGAAGACCAUCACUGCCCCAGAAAAAGCAGCUUCUACUCGAUCUACCCAGACCUUUCCAGAUCAGCCUCUUCAAUCGGUGCUGAAAAGCACAGGUCCCAUGCCAUCUACUCCUCCCAGGAAGAACAAGGGGAUGGUGCCAGUGCAAGGACAGGUUCCUGCUGUCCCACCAGUGACUCAGGCUGAAGAGAAGUCUGCAGUUGCAGAGAAACAAAAGCUCCCGAUCACAGCCCUCCUUCCAUCAUCCAAGGAUGUCCCCUCCUCUGAGGGCCCCACUGUUGCUGGAUCAGCCUCAGCAGAGCCAACAUCUCAGCCUUCCAGGAAUGCACCUUCUUUCAGCACCCACAGUGUCUCCCUCACCACCAAGAUCUCUCCUGCCCCGGUAUCCUCCCCAACCUCUCUGGUCUCCAGGCCUAUCACUUCUCCAAAACAGACCCCCACAGCAGAACCACCAACAUUCAUCUCCCCUAAAGCAGUCCCGUAUGUGGUUACCUCUUUCGUCUCCAUCCCACCAAGGGCACCCUCCACCACGGAAAGUGCACCCAGCCUUCCAUUCACUCCCAUCACAGAAGAGGCACCUUCCCACACACGCUUCCUGAGCCGGAGCACUACUCCUGGGAGGGACUCUAGCAGUGGUGUCCAGGGCAGGCCCACAUCAUCUACAAAGGAUGAAUCCUCGCUGCGCCAAGGGGUUCCUCAAAAACCCUAUACCUUUUUGGAUGAAAAAGCAAGAGGACGUUUUGGAGUGAUCCGGGAGUGUAAGGAGAACGCCACAGGCAAGCGCUUUAUGGCCAAGAUUGUGCCAUAUGAGAUGGAAAACAAGCAGACCAUCCUGCAAGAAUAUGAGAUCCUGAAGGGCCUGCACGACGAGCACAUCAUGACACUGCACGAGGCCUAUAUCACCCCUCGUUACCUAGUGCUGAUAGCCGAACAUUGCACUGGGAAGGAGAUCCUCUAUCACUUUGUUGACAGGUUCCGUUACUCAGAAGACGAUGUGGUGGGGUAUGUAACCCAAAUCCUUCAAGGACUGGAAUAUCUGCAUGGACGGCGCAUCAUCCACCUUGACCUGAAGCCUGAUAACAUAAUUGUGAACUCCACCAACGUAGUAAAAAUCCUUGAUUUUGGCAGUGCCCAGACCUACAAUCCACUUGUGUUGCGUCAGCUGGGGCGUCGCGUUGGCACACUAGAGUACAUGUCUCCAGAAAUGGUGAAGGGAGAUCCCAUUGGCUCAGCAGCUGACAUAUGGGGCCUGGGAGUGCUUAUAUACAUCAUGCUCAGUGGUCGGUCACCAUUCUUCGAAAUGGAUCCCUUGGAAGCAGAGGCCAGGAUCCUGGCAGGGCGUUACGAUGCCUUCAAGUUGUACCCCAAUGUCUCCCAGAGUGCUGCACUGUUCAUCCGCAAAGUCCUCUGUGUCCAUCCAUGGAGCCGUCCCACCAUCAAGGACUGCUUUGCCAACCCUUGGCUCCAGGAUGCCUAUCUGAUGAAACUGCGGCGCCAGACCCUCACCUUCACCACGAGUCGCCUGAAAGAGUUCUUGGUGGAGCACCAGCGUCGGCGCAAUGAGGUGGCCACCAAGCACAAGGUCUUACUGCGCUCCUACCAUGGCGCCAGCAGCCACAUGCCCUAGCCGCCAGCCCUGCCAGAGGAGCCACAAAGCAUUCCAGCAGGGGGUGUGGUGGGCCAAGCCCCCGUCCACCCAGCCGGGGUGGGACUGGUUGAUAUACCUCAAGGAUCAGGAAGAGUCGUCAGCACUGGCCACUGUUCUUCACUCCACCACUGGUCCUGGCAGUAGGCUGGCUUAGGGGGCACGAAGCAGUGCCUGAUGGUGGGAGAUGCCAGACUGACAAGACUUGCUACCAGGGGCUCAGUUUCAGGAAGGGGGAUCCACUCUGGGAAAUGCAAGAGGCCUCCAAGCAGUGCCAAGGCCCGGGGUGAAAGCCUUGACAUUUCCUCAUCAAAACGUCUCCAUCACUCCACCUUGAAGCUCCAAAGGGCCCCUUUGGUACUGUGCCUAAGUGCUGCAUCUAUCCCUGCAUAGGCUGCAUGCAGCCAGGUGCAGCCAAUCCUUUGUGUUGACUACCACCAGACACAAAACAUCUGGCUGCACAAAACCCUGCAGCCCUCAGCAGGGGCUGGACAUCUCUUCCUUUACAUACCAACCUGAGCUGAGAGGAGAAAAAAUGAGAGAUCAGCCUUGAAGCCUUGCAGUGGAGGCACAGAAGCAAUGGGAAACACCAACCUGUGAAAGUGGCAUAUGAUACGAGGACAAAAUAUUCUUCACCAUUAAUGGUAUUUCUGUUCGCCAAGAUAGGUGGCAUGGAGGGGGAAUGAAUCCACAGCGACCCCACACUUAGAAAAGCAGGCAAUAACAAUAAAUGCUGGAACAGGGACGCAAAGGGUUGGUGAUAGUGUCCCCAAGAUUCCUCCCCAUUCACAUCUAUUUGGGUGUCCGGAAGAAUGCAAGGCACCCCUCUUCUCUGUUCGCACCUCCACUUUGCCACCACGCAUAUUCUUUCCUGCUGCUCUCCUUGCAUUUUGCACAUGCUUUUCUGACACAUACACACAGUACAACCCUUUCCUGUCCUUCAGGGGGCAGGCACCUUCUCCGUCCUUCAGGUAUGUGCUUCAGAUGCAUAGCCACCCAUUCUUCGUAAUAUUUAUAUACAUGCAUGCACACCCUCCUUCCGUGUUCUUUUGCCAUAUUCAUUCUGGCACCUAAAAACAUGCUUGUGAUGAAUCCUAGAAAAACAGGGGCAGGGUCGCCAAUCUCAUGCACCUUCUCCUUUUGGGCUUUCAGAGACAUACAUUAUGCCUCUGAUGGGCUGGUUUUACUGGCAAUGAAGGAAAUUGGCUGGUUCUGCGUCCAUCAUAUCACCCUUCUGCUUCUGAGCCUCAGGGUGCUGAUGUCUGCAUGAGCAAAAGUGCAGUAAUGAAGCCAUGUGCAUAGCCAGGAGAAAGUAUUUGUUCACAGGAGUGAGGAGACAGGCUGGAAUCUCCUGCUUUUGCCACCCAGCCAGGUCUGUGGAGCAUUCUGCACAGUGACCUUACACAGUCCAUGGAAAGAGGGCCUUCAGGUUCUCAUAGCAACUAACAGGUACAAACCUGCCUUUAGUAAGGUAGAGGACUGAUAGAGUUACCAGUUAAGCAGAGCUGAAAGCAACCCUAAGGGUUUAGCCAGGGUCCAGGGUCUAAUACAGCAUGAAAGCAACUGUCCAAUCCUAGCUUGGUUGUGUGAAUCAAUGACUAUGGUACCCCAUCUCUGUCCCUUCAUUCUCCACCCCCUGCCAUGUACCAAUAUGUUUUGAUUGUGGAGAUGCCGAUUUCCCUCUGGCAUGGAACAAACAAAGCAAUGAGGGCUGCUUCCAGACAGGUAGUUUCUACUACUAAUAAAUCAUUGCUCUUCCGCUCUAAGCUACAAGUGGAUUUGCAACUGACUUUCCGCACUAUUGGGAAUAUUGCACUUUUUCUGUAUGUUCAUCCUGUUGUGUCCCAUCCACAUCGGUGUAAAACAUAACUGUUGUGGGUUGGGAAGGGUAAUGUCCAAUUCACCUGAGCAGACAUUUGAAAAAAAAAAUUGAGGUAAAAAUUCAAGCAAUUCUUAACAAAAAUAAAAGUCAAUUAUUUAUUUAAUCUAAGCACUCACUAAACUAAGCAUGAUUGACCAUUAUACUCCAGGAAAUGUCAAAAAAUUGAAGUGUUUAAUGUUUGUUUUGGACUGGACAUGACGGUUGGAAGUGCUCAGUUACAAAAAAAACACAUUACUAAGAUGGCAGUCACUAGAAAAGUGUUUUCCCCUUUCUUUAUAUUUAAAACAAGUGGUACAGUGCUAUAAUACCCUGUUAUUUAAAGGAAACAGCAUUUUGCUAUUUUUAAAGGGUCAGAACUGUAGGUUGGGGGCAGGGUGGACUGGUUCCUAAAAUGCUAGUGACUGCAAAUGUAUUUUUAUCAUCAUCAUCAUCAAUUAGCAUUACAGUGAUAUAGCACUGUAACACUCAUACUUAAGCAGCAUUUUGCUAAUAUUUUUAAAUUAUAACCAGAAAAGCAUUUUAGUGCUAAUUAAAAGAUUGAUUUUUUUUUAAAAAAUAAUGGGGCUAUAAAAUGUUGCCCACCACAGAGUUUCUAUUGAAUGUGUGUUGAACUGUGAUACUUUCACCUGCCAGAGAGUUUCAUCUGCAGAUUCAUCACUGCCUAUAUCAAAACCAUAAAGCAAAUGGAAGAGUAGCACAAAAAGCAUGCACUUCUGUGGAGAUCAUGCUACUUUUUUGUGCUUUUCAAAGAAAUCAGUACAAAAGAACAAAAGAUGGAAGGAACACUAGAAAACCAUGGAAUGAUUGCAAGUGGAUGGUGCCAUCAUAACUCCCCGAUAAAAUAUGAAUGAAAGAGGCUGGGGUGAUUCCACACUGAAAAGGCCUAGUGUGGAAGUAACCCAAGACUCAAAAUAAAGGCAGUGGAUAAUCCCA